GCUAAUUCCUACAAAUAAUCUCACACAUUUGCAUGCUAUGGACAAAGAAAUUUUCAAGAAUAACACAGAAUACUUUCAUCGGCGUCUCUUUUGUUGAUCUCGAUUUCAACGUUCAGUCUGGGCAUUCCUAUUGGUCUUGACUAGCCGCCCUGUCCAGGAUAGAUAGUAGUGCACUCCCUACGGAGUAACACAAGCCUCUAUACGCGCUUCUCAACGGAUUGGGUCUUCUUUGUGGAGGGUUACCUGGCUUUAUUAUAAAUCCUGGGCCCCGGCUGUCCUCUUUGAGCGACCAGAAUAUAAUUAGCAUACUGAAGUCUAUAUCAGAUUAUUAUACUAUCUCAUCGAUCCACGAGAUUCUAUACGACGGAGUUACCCCUCUUCCCUCAGACAAUGUUUACAUCGCUUUUGCGAUCUUUGCCCCAGCUCGGGCGGCGAAGGAAACGUCUGGAAUUCUCUAACGCUGACUUCGUUCGGAUACCCGAAUGGCACAAAAUCGAGGAAGAGACUCUCCCAGAUUAUACCGCCUCACAAUUCUAUCCAACUCGGAUAGGAGAAGUCAUCAAAGACCAGUAUCAGGUCAUUGGCAAACUGGGAUAUGGAUCUACUUCAACCGCGUGGCUUGCCCGGGACAUGGAAAACCGCCGUUAUGUUAUGCUCAAGAUAUGCAUCGAAGCUUCGUCUAUGGGUCAGCAUGUCGAUAACGAGCUUAAUAUGUACAAAUUCAUGGAACAGUCCCCAACCACGCAUCCCGGCCGCGAGGUCAUCAGAACGUUACUGGAUACUUUUUACAUCGACGGCCCUCAAGACAAACAUCGUUGCCUUGUGCAUCCCCCAUUAUGGGAAAGCGUGCUAGCUUUCUUGCGCCGCAAUCCAGUUGAGAGGCUACCAUCCGCAGUCAUUGCUGUUGUUCUUCAUCGCUUAUUUCUAGCACUGGACUUUCUGCAUACGGAAUGCAAGAUCGCGCACACAGAUAUCAAAGCCGAUAAUAUCAUGUUCGGUAUCAAAGAUGACUCAGUCUUCACGGAUAUAGAGGAGAACGAAUCCCGACGACCCGUCCCGAGGAAGGAGGGCGAUGAGAGAACAAUAUACAUGUCACGAGAACUCAAAGUACCCAGAGAAGUUGGUGCCCCGGUUCUGUGCGAUUUUGGUUCAGCCAUGGUCGUCAACGAUGAAUAUCAGAGGGUAUUCAUUCAGCCUCAGAUCUAUCGAGCACCGGAGGUGAUAUUAGGAGUUCCAUGGACGUAUAGUGCUGAUAUUUGGAAUGUUGGAUGCAUGAUUUGGGAUCUGUACGAAGGCGGUUCCUUGUUCACCGGGCAAGACCCUGUAGAUGAGAGGUACAGGAGUCGAGCGCAUCUUGCCGAGAUGAUUAAUCUUCUUGGCUCGCCGCCUGCUAGUCUGCUUGCACAGGGGGAGCUGAGAGAUAAAUUUUUCUCGAGUGAAGGUGCUUUUCUCCACCCGGAAUUAUUAACUGAUCAGGUUCCCCUUGAUGAAAGGGAAACUACUCUGGAGGGGAGGGCGGAGAGAGAGGCGUUCCUACAUUUCAUGCGGAAGAUGCUACAGUGGGAGCCGAGAAAGCGCAGCUCUGCUCGGGAGUUGGCGGAGGAUGAGUGGUUGCAUAGUCACAUGAGGUCCUAGACCAGUGCUUUUUACUCAAAUGUAUGUCUCGCAGUACUACAUACAUAGAACUCUCAUAUAAUACUAGUAUAAUUGCC